AAAAAAGCGAGGUCAGGGGUGGGUGUUGCGAAAUCACGCUGCACGAAAGAAAACGUCUUUUUUGGGCGAAAAACGCAUUAUUUAUCCCUGUGUUUCAGACGUAGAGAUCAGUAUUAAUAAACGUCUUCGUGCUGUUCAUUCACUUUGUUGUGAAACAGCUCUAAAACAUAGAAAAGCGCAGUUUAGUAAGACAGGGUGCAUCGCGCAUGCGCGUUUGACUUCUAGAUAUUUCUUCACGUGUUCCCCCUCUGUGUGCUCAGUUAGUCAGUCCGUGUGGCCCACUCGCUGCUUUAAGCCGGUAACAGCUCUACCUAACACAUCAACCGCAGACAUGGCCAAAGCUUUCCGGAAAUUUCUCCCAAUGUUCGACCGUGUGCUGGUGGAGCGGUUAGCUGCAGAGUCUGUGACUAAAGGAGGAAUCAUGCUUCCAGAAAAGUCACAAGGAAAAGUGCUGCAGGCCACAGUGGUGGCAGUGGGACCCGGAGCUCUCAACAAGAGUGGAGAUGUGACGCCGGUCAGUGUUAAAGUAGGAGAGAAGGUCCUACUUCCAGAAUAUGGAGGCACUAAAGUCAUUCUUGAAGAUAAGGACUAUUUCCUGUUCCGGGAUGCAGAUAUUCUAGGAAAAUAUGUGGACUAAUGUCUGUUGGAGCUUUUUGUCGUCCUUGAUGAGUGAAGAAAAUGGUUGUUCCACGUUUUUCUUUUCUAUGUCAUUCAACUGUAAAUAAUUAUAAUGUUUUGUUACAUUAAUAAACUGAACUUGGGGGA